CUCACGUAAUACUCCCGUCAAUAAGCUGACUUGUUGGAAAUGCUUGAGGAUCUUUACAUGUGUCCAACUGCAAGGCGCAUGUAACAUUAGCGAGGACUGAAGAAAAGUCAAAGCGCAAAGAAAAGAAACAAACAAACCAAAACCCCUCAGCCAAACCGGAGCAGACGCAAGAUCGCUAAUUGGAACCGAACCAGUCCACUUCUCUGAAGGUCGCACUGUGGCAGGACUCUCUCUGACUGAAGGGCACAAGCUGCCAUGCCGUUUGGUUGUCUCACACUCGGGGAGAAGAAGGAUUACAACAGUCCCACAGAGGUGACUGACAAAUAUGACCUCGGACAAGUUGUUAAGUCGGAGGAGUUUUGUGAGAUAUUUCGAGCAAAGGACAGGAACACCCUGAAAAUGUACACAUGUAAAAAGUUUAACAAAAAGGAUGGAAGGAAAGUGAGGAAAGCUGCAAAGAAUGAGAUAAUGAUCUUGAAGAUGGUAAAACAUCCCAACAUCCUCUCGCUGGUUGAUGCAUUUGAAACUAAGAAAGAGUACUUCAUUUUUCUGGAACUUGCUACAGGAAGGGAGGUGUUUGAUUGGAUCUUGGAUCAAGGGUACUACUCAGAGAGGGACACCAGCAACGUAAUGAGGCAGGUGCUGGAGGCUGUAGCUUACCUGCACUCUCUUAAAAUUGUCCACAGAAACCUCAAGUUGGAGAACUUGGUGUACUAUAAUCGUCUGAAGCACUCCAAAAUUGUUAUCAGUGACUUUCAGCUGGCAAAACUGGAAAACGGACUCAUUAAGGACCCAUGUGGGACUCCAGAGUACCUUGCUCCUGAAGUGGUUGGAAGGCAGAGAUAUGGACGACCCGUGGACUGCUGGGCCAUCGGUGUCAUCAUGUAUAUACUUUUAUCAGGGAACCCUCCUUUCUAUGACGAUUCUGAUGAAGAAGACCCAGACUGUCGUGACAAGAACCUCUUUUUAAAGAUUUUGUCUGGGGACUAUGAAUUUGAUUCUCCAUACUGGGAUGAUAUUUCUGAUUCUGCAAAGACCCUGGUGGCUUCUUUGAUGGAUGUCGACCAAGAUCAGCGGUUGACAGCUCAGGAAGCUAUAGCCCAUGAAUGGAUUUCUGGAAAUGCGGCCUCAGACAAGAAUAUAAAAGAUGGUGUUUGUGCACAAAUUGAAAAGAACUUUGCCAAAGCAAAAUGGAAGAAAGCUGUCCGGGUGACGACCCUCAUGAAACGGCUUCGAGGUCCUGAUCAGGGUGACUCAGGUGCUGCGGGGGGCGCUGCUGGGGCAUCAGCCGAUGCCCACACACCCAGUGGUGAUCCUGCUCCUUCAGCUGGGGGCAGCAUCAGCAUGGCCGCGGCGAUUAAGGCUGCUCUUAAAGAAAAUGCCUCUGACACACAGACUGCAACCAACCCUGCACAAUCUGUGCAGCCUGCAGCCAGGCAGGAGGAGCCGCAGCAGUCACGGUGCAAUGGGGAUGCUCCACAAAUGGUGCCACAGAGAAAAGGAGACUAAGCCAACUGAUACACAAAUAAGACCCAUGAUACGGUAAGUCAUGGGCCAACAAGCACAUGUAAAAUCUAACCAUCUGGCAUCAUGAAUACGUCUUUGUGCUGUCUGACAAUCAUAGUUUGCAAACCUUUCAUCUUUUGCCUUUUGUACUGGUUGAUUAUAAGUGUUCUCCACCUUCCUUUUUCCUUUUGUUAUAUUGUGUAUAGGUCGCCCAAAACGAUUGUUGCAAAGAAGCUUUUUAAUCGUUUCCCCUUCCUUGAGAACUGUAUAAAAUAUUCAGGUAAUUCUUUGCUCAUUGUGUAACUUAGUGAGAAAAAAAAAAAUCAUUGUAGCCUUAUUGUAUAUACAUUCAUCAAAAUAAAUUGCUACUUUUUAGCUUUAGAACCUUGAAGUCUGAGUUUAAAUCUUGUAACUUAAAAUUAUAAGUUGAAAUAGUUGAUCUUUGAUCACAUUAUAGUUGUUUUUAAAUUAAAUAAAUACUUUUUGAGCAUAUUUGAGUGAAUGUUCCUA